AUGCUCGCGGUGGAUUGCUCAAAUACGGAAAGCAGCGCCUUCUCGUGCACGGCCUUGGCGAUCACUAUCAACCGCUCAUCCGAUGGGGCGCAAUGGGCGGGGGAUCCGGGCGACAGACAGCACUCUACAUGGCGAGAAGGGACAGAGAAGAGGAGAUGCGGCUCGGGAAGACGCUGCUGGGUCGGUGACAUUAGAUUUCUGGAGGUAGUGGAGGUAGUGGAGGUAGUGCAGGUAGUGGAUCCAAGGCUUGAGAUCGAGGGGAGGUCGGGACUCGGGUGUGGCCAAGGAUAUCGACUGGGGAGGUGGCCGAAUCAGAGGCGGACGGAAGAACAAAGCAGCGCAGCACAGGGCGGCCAGGGGGCGAGAGCCGGCCGUCGCCACGACGCGGAGGAGGCAAGAGGCGGGUGUGAUAUUAACAGACUCACCCAAUUGAUCGCCUUCGGCCAGGACCGUCAGGGUAUCGCGCAUCUCAGUGGUUCUCAGUGGUUCCCACUGGCGGUGGCGAGCGAGAGGCUCCUACGUGCUCCUAUUGGCGAGCGAGGGGACGUUGUGCUGCAAAUCCAGGAUUCCAGUGAGCAAAGGGCAAAGUCCUGCGCACUGCAGAUGGCCCCGCCGGCCAAGGUUCACAAUGCAACGACAUGCUUGCCGACCGCCACCACAGGAUCUGAGGAUCCCAAGUCUCUGGGAAUGAGAUCGCCCACAUUCUUGACAUUCUUGGCCCGCUCCAAUGGUGUGUCUUCCGUGCAGGUUCGGGGUGAUCUUCGCCAUGCUGGAGACUUCACACGCUUAAGAUCCUUCGAUCAGCACCUUCAUCUGCGAUCCCUUGCUGUCUCCAGGUGCCCAGGACAGGACGAAUGCCCUGGAUGCUCGUCAUUUACGCGUCGACAUUGGCUUGCGCGCCUCAAGUCCAGUGAUGUAAACUGCAUGAUGACCAGUCAAGUUGCACCGGCCCGUAGAGUUCACUCGAGCCUAUUCAUGAGCGUUGAGCCUUGUGCAAUUGGCAAGGGGUUCAAGAAUAGAACAGCCCACGGGACGGGAGCCUGA